GCCGCGCUUCCUCCCACCGUUCAAGAGACGAGCCGCGUUUGCUUUCCAGCACGUCUGUAUCUGAGAACGCGGCGUGCGGUUCCGCUUAGGUCCUGUUUGGAGGCGUCUGGGCUUAUCCUUCUUGUGGCUGUGCAGGUACAGCAGCUAUACAGAAAAGAUGGGAGAGGAAGCCAACGAUGACAAGAAGCCAACGACUAAAUUUGAACUUGAGCGAGAAACAGAACUUCGCUUUGAGGUGGAGGCAUCCCAGUCAGUUCAGUUGGAGUUGUUGAGUGGCAUGGCGGAGAUCUUUGGUACGGAGCUGACCCGAAACAAAAAGUUCACCUUUGAUGCUGGUGCCAAGGUGGCUGUUUUCACUUGGCAUGGCUGUUCUCUGCAGUUGAGUGGCCGUACAGAGGUGGCUUAUGUCUCUAAAGACACACCUAUGUUGCUUUACCUCAACACUCACACAGCUUUGGAGCAGAUGCGGAGGCAGGCGGAAAAAGAAGAAGAGCGAGGUCCCCGAGUGAUGGUAGUGGGUCCCACUGACGUGGGCAAGUCCACCGUGUGUCGCCUACUACUCAACUAUGGAGUUCGUUUGGGCCGCCGUCCUACUUACGUGGAGCUGGAUGUGGGCCAGGGCUCUGUGUCUAUCCCUGGUACUAUGGGUGCCCUGUACAUUGAGCGGCCAGCAGAUGUUGAAGAAGGUUUCUCCAUCCAGGCUCCUUUGGUAUAUCAUUUUGGCUCCACCACUCCUGGCACCAAUAUCAAGCUUUAUAAUAAGAUUACAUCACGUUUAGCAGAUGUGUUCAACCAAAGGUGUGAAGUGAACCGAAGGGCAUCUGUGAGUGGCUGUGUGAUUAACACUUGUGGCUGGGUCAAGGGCUCUGGUUACCAGGCCCUGGUGCAUGCAGCUUCAGCUUUUGAGGUGGAUGUGGUUGUGGUUCUGGAUCAAGAACGACUGUACAAUGAGCUGAAACGGGACUUGCCUCACUUUGUGCGCACUGUGCUGCUCCCUAAAUCAGGGGGUGUGGUAGAACGUUCUAAGGACUUCCGGCGGGAAUGCAGGGAUGAGCGUAUUCGUGAGUAUUUCUAUGGAUUCCGAGGCUGUUUCUAUCCCCACGCCUUCAAUGUCAAAUUUUCAGAUGUGAAAAUAUACAAAGUUGGGGCACCCACCAUCCCAGACUCCUGCUUACCUUUGGGCAUGUCUCAGGAAGACAAUCAACUCAAGUUAGUUCCUGUCACCCCUGGCCGAGAUAUGGUGCACCAUCUACUGAGUGUUAGCACUGCUGAGGGUACAGAAGAGAACCUUUCUGAGACCAGUGUGGCUGGCUUCAUUGUGGUGACCAGUGUGGACCUGGAACAUCAGGUGUUUACUGUGCUGUCUCCAGCCCCCCGCCCACUACCUAAGAACUAUCUUCUCAUCAUGGAUAUCCGGUUCAUGGAUCUGAAGUAAUGUCAGCAAGAAGCCUCACUUUCUGUGCCGUAGAGAUCUGGCCAUCAUCAAAGGCAAAUGGAUUGAGAUAUGAGACUCUGUUGAGGCCAGCUAGCCAGGAAAAUGGACUGGUAGAAGGCAUAUGUUCUACCUCUUAAAACAGGUGGUAGUAACCAAACUUUUGUAAUCUGGGACCAAAAGGAGAGCCACAAAAUUGCUUUUUUAGAUUACCCAAGGUGCCAAUGUAAAUACUCUUUUAAGACCUGUGCUACUACAUGGGUGUUUUUCAACACCACUUUACAGUCCUUAUAUAGUUCUUGUUUUCUCAUUUUUUAGGGUCAAAGUGAUUUAGAGGGUCUCCCUCCAAUAAAUCUCAAACUUGAAAAAAUUUAAUAAAUAAUUUCGCCAUA